AGGACAUUACGCAGCUACACCUAACGAUGACUGUUACCAGGCAGAUAGCCACUUCAACAUGGCGGCGUCAGGCAACGCAGAGCUAACGCAGUUGCAGGAUAUGGAGGAGGAAGACGCGGGAAUGGAGGAAAGAGAAAUGCAGUCGGACGAGGAGGACGAAGAAGGCAUGGGAGAAGAAAAUACAGACGACUCGUCUGAAGACGAGAAGGAAAAUGAAGCAGAAAUCCAGCGUUUAGAGGAGCAGCUGUCAAUCAAUGCUUUCGACUACAACUGCCACGUGGAUCUCAUCAAACUCCUCAAACAAGAGGGGGAACUUCUCCAAUUGCAAAAGGCAAGACAGAAGAUGAGUGAACUUUUUCCACUUACUGAAGAGAUCUGGUUGGAUUGGCUCAAAGAUGAAAUCCGUCUGAAUGAAGAGCAAUCAAACCGAGAGACAGUUUAUGAACUUUUUGAGAGAGCUGUAAAAGACUACAUCUGUCCAGAAAUUUGGCUUGAAUAUGCUCAGUAUUCUAUUGGUGGAAUGGGCUCACCAGGUGGAAUAGACAAGGUGAGGUGUAUCUUUGAGAGAGCUGUGACAGCUGUUGGGCUGCACAUGACCAAAGGACAGCUUGUGUGGGAGGCGUACAGAGAAUUUGAAAACGCCAUCCUGUCUACAGUCCAGCCUCCACCUGGCAGGAUUCCCAGUUGUGAGGAGCAGGAAAUGCUGAACACCCAGCUGGAGCGAAUUCACAAGCUCUUUCGACGCCAGCUGACCGUCCCUUUAAUGGACAUGGAAACCACCUAUGAAGAAUAUGAAGAUUGGUCAGACCAGGGUGUCUCUGAGCUUGUGGUACCACAGUACACAAAAGCGAUGCAGGAGAUGGAGAAGCGUAAAUCUUUAGAAGAAUCUCUGCUAAUAGCAGAGCCUCCAAAGAUGUCUGAGUAUCAGACCUACAUUGACUUUGAACGAAAGGAGGGCGACCCAGCUCGGAUCCUGAUCAUCUUUGAGAGGGCACUGGCAGAGAACUGCCUAGUGCCAGACCUGUGGGCAAAAUAUACCAGCUACCUUGAUCGCCAGCUGAAGAUCAAGGAAGUUGUUCUUUCAGCUCAUGAACGAGCCGUGAGGAACUGCCCUUGGACCAUGGGUCUGUGGAAGAGUUAUCUGCAGGCUUUGGAGAGGCAUGGAGCUGAUCAUCAAACAGUCUCAGGUCAGUUAACAUCUGCUGCUGCAAUGUCUUAUUCUUCCUUUUUCUAUGUCAUAGAACAAGCUCCUAAAAGACACAAGGGAAAUGGAGACCAGACCACAGAGGAGUACAUGGAGACUGAGACUGGGCUCGUUGGGAAAAACGGUCCUCCUGGCUAUAACCUGGCACAGUCUGACACUAAAAAGCCUCAGCGUGGACCUGUGGUUGGAGCCAUGAGACAGAACGAUGACAAGCAAGAGCUACGGAAUGAUAAGAGCAGCGUGUUUAUUAGUAACCUGGCGUACACCCUUGAGGAGCCAGAGGCGAAGCUCAGGACGCUGUUUGAGAUGUGCGGCUCCAUAGAACAGGUUCGCCCCAUCUUCGGAAACAAAGGGGCUUUCAAAGGCUACUGCUAUAUUCAGUUUGAAUCUGCUUCAUCAGUCACUGAAGCCCUGAAGCUAGACAGACGAGAGUUGGAAGGAAGGCCCAUGUUUGUGUCGCCUUGUGUGGAUAAAAACAAAAAUCCUGACUUUAAGGUGUUCAAAUACAACGCAUCAAUGGAGAAACACAAAAUCUUCAUCACUGGUCUGCCGUUCUCCUGCACUAAAGAGCAACUGGAGGAAAUCUGCAAAAAACACGGGAGUGUCAGAGAAGUGCGUCUAGUCACAUAUCGCUCAGGGAAACCGAAGGGUCUAGCAUAUGUCGAGUUUGCUGAUGAUACUCAAGCUUCUCAGGCAGUUUUGAAAAUGGAUGGCACAGAAGUAGAAGGAAACAUGAUCUCAGUGGCUAUAAGCAAUCCUCCACGCAGGAACACGAUGGAACCUCCUGGAUCUGGCAAACCUAUGGGCAACAUGAUGCCUCGCCAGGUCUACGGAGCGAGAGGAAAAGGUCGAACCCAGGUGUCACUGCUCCCUCGGUCCCUCCACAGACAGACUGGAUCCAUAACAAAGGUGGAGAAUGGGGGCUCAACUGAAUCUAGCAGUUCGUCGCUGAAUGCAGCCACAGAGACUAAAUCUUUGUCCAAUUCAGACUUUGCCAGGAUGCUUCUAAACAAGUAAGAGAAUGAGUGAGAGAAUCGUGACUGCCUUCACACUGACAGCAUUCUUGUGUCCUCACAAAUCAUGGUGAGUUUUUUUUCUUUCUUUUUUCUAACUGUUUACCUGAUUUCCCUUUAAUCUCUGUUCUCAUUGCAACUCCCGACAGACUGCCUUAAUCAUUAAGCUCCUUUGUUACAAACCCUUUUCAACCAAUACUUGUCAGCUGUGUGACAGUGUUUAUGUUUAGGGCAGGACAUUUUAUUGAAACAGUGUAUUAUAGCUAUGUGUAAAUACACUAUCUAUAGUAAACCUGCUGUUUUUUGUUGUGUAAUGUUACGGGAGUCUGAUAGAAAAUUCUAAAUAUUUUUUUUACAAAUUAAAACAGCCUGAAUGUGAGUGUUAAGGCUAUGACAAAGAUUGACUGUUCACGUGUUGUGUAGGUGAUGUGUGUUGGUGUGUUUGCAUAUACGCGUGUUUAUAUCACAGUAAAGAUAUCCUCCAGAUCUUUUCCAGUUGUUUUUAGGGAACAUACUUUUGUUGUAGAUGAACGUGUACUACUAUCAUUUUUUUCCAUCAAAUGGCAACAUUAUUUUGAUGCUCCUGGGGAGCAUCGUCACCAAAACUACCAUCCAAUCGUAUUGCACUGUGAAUGGACCUGUUGGUUAAGGAUUAAAUCAUUGUCAAAUUAAACUUUCUCUUCAGUCUGACUCUCACUGUAAGAAUCCAGAAGGUUAAAUGUCACUGAUGGACUAAUAUAUUUAUCUACAGUAAUCGAGUGUGCGCUAAAGCUGUGUUAAUGAGUAAAUGCAUUUGGGUCAUUCUCAUGAAAUCUUGGUUUCAUAGAAUGGAGACAAGGAUUUUUUUGGAAAAAACGAAUUUUCUUUGUGUCCAUUAAACACAAAGUCUGCAGUGGUUAUGAUUGGGGUUUUUAAAAUAUUUAGUGUCCUUAAAAAUGUCAUUAUCACAAUGGUCUGAAAAUAUCAAGACCAUUGAGAGCCAAAAAUUGUUCAAAUUUUCAAAAAUGUAUUAUUAAUUGCCACGCCUAAUUACAAUUUUUUAAAUUUACUUUUCUUUUUUUUCUUUGCCUUAAUGUCUCUUGCUAUCUACAACCUAAUAGUUUUGCUAAUUCACUGAAAUGUAACAUAUUUUCAAAAUUAUUUGGUAAAGACUAAAGCACUUGAUGUACUAUUUUUCAAUUUAUUAAAUUAACCUUAAAU